AUGUCUGCGGCUGUUGAGUCUGACGAUUGGGUUCAGCCCGUGGAAAAAACUGACGAGCUUGCUGACGCUACGAAAGAUAGCUGGGAAGCUAAUACGUCCUCAAGUUUGAAGAACGACGAUAGAAGAAAAAGUAACUCGCACAAAAAGAGAGGUGGUAACUCUUCUUCAACUCAAGAACAAGGUUGGGGAGCUGCUCCCACAAAUAAGGAUACAGGCGGCUGGGAUGAUUCGUCUAAUUAUGAAACCGAUUAUAAUAAAGUAGAAAAUUGGGGUAUUACACCGGAUAAUAAUGGUGAUACAAAUACUAAUAAUAACAAUUGGGAUGAUGUCCCAACCGAUGUCAAUCCGGUCGCUAACGAAAAUACGAGUGGUUGGGGUACUGAAGAAGGUACAGGUUGGGAUAAUCCACCAGAUAACAGUGGAUGGGAAGAAAAAAAUGAAAAAAAUGCUGGAGAUGAUAAUUGGGGCACUACUACUACGGAAAAUAAUGAUACAUGGAAUCAUAUUGAAGAGUCUGAUGAAACUAUCAGAAAUACAACUGAAUGGGUUAAUGAUCAACAUAAUCAGCAAAGUCAACAAACUCAACAAACUCAACAAACUCAACAUAAUCAUCAUCAACAAAGACGAGACGAUAGUAAACAUCGUGAUCGCAGUGAUCGUGGGACGCGCGGUGGACGACGCUGGAAUAGACCAAGAGGAGGAGGCCGUAGCAAUAGAAGAUAUCCACGUGAUAAUAAUCACAGACGUGAUCAUGGAGGAGAUAAUGAUUCUAGAGGUCAUAGUCAUAAGUCACGCGGAGGUGGCAGAAAUCAAAAUAAUGAAGACCCUGAAUCGUAUAAUGAGAAUGAAAAAAAAGAAAAAGACAAUGAUUCUAGGUCCUCAAGAAAAUCUAGUACCAUUAACGAUAGUAUUCAUGCUCCCAAAUCUGACACUGCUACCAGGCAUGAUAAUGCUCUAAAAACUGGUUCUGAUUCGGCACCUAAAUCUGAUUCUGUCCCUUAUGUUAAUGAAAAUCGAGUUUUGUCCGGUAGCAAUACUCGUCAAAAAUAUAAUGAAGAAGAAUUAUCCAAGCGCAUUGAAAAAAUGAAGGAGCAAAAUAAAAAAAUUGAGGAAAAGCGUAAGGUGGUCGAAGAAGAAGAAGCUCAAUUCAAGAAGGAAGAUGAAAUACGAAGGAAAAAGGAAUCAGAAAAUUUAGAGAUUCAGAAGAGAAAAUUGGAGGAAGAAGAAGAAGAAAAGCGACGACAUGAAGUUCAACAAAGACAUUUGCAGCAACAAAUCGAUGAUGAACGCGAAGAAAAUGCCACACGUAAAAACAAGAACCGUGAUGACCGAGAAUGGGAUGUGGAGAAAAAAGAACCUGAAUGGAAUAAUUCACGUAACCAAAGAAACAAUUCGCGUGGUGGAGGAAAUCCAUAUAAGAAUGGUUCUCGUGAUGAGAAUUCCAAUAGGAAUGGAUCUCAAAACGAUAAUCGAAAUUAUAGAAGAAAUCCUCAUGGUAACGAACAUGGAGGAAGGGGCGGUCGUGGACGUGGACGAGGAGGUGGUGAUCGCGGUGGUGAUCGCGGUGGAAGACGUAAUCGUGGUGGAGGGUAUGGUGAUAGACGCGGGGGAGGAAGAAAAUAUAGUGAUCAGCAAAACAAUAAAGAUUUUCACAAUAAAUCUGUUGAUGUUGAGGAAGGAUUUGGCAGCGGAAACAGCUGGGCAGAGCAAACGGAGCAAGAAAAAGAUAACAACUGGAAUAACGACAAUCCAAGCUGGGGUGAAUCUUCCACCGAUAAGAAAAAUGAUGUAGGAUGGGACUCUAAUUCCAAUCAAAAUAAUGGUGAAACUGAUAAUUGGGGACCGAUACCAAAAUCAAAUGACUGGUAA